AUGGGUCACCACUCUUGCUGCAACCAACAGAAGGUUAAGAGAGGACUUUGGUCUCCUGAAGAAGAUGAGAAGCUCAUCAGAUACAUCACCACCCAUGGCUAUGGCUGCUGGAGUGAAGUUCCUGAGAAAGCAGGGCUUCAAAGGUGUGGUAAGAGUUGUCGUUUGAGAUGGAUUAAUUAUUUGAGGCCUGAUAUUAGAAGAGGCAGAUUCACUCCGGAGGAGGAGAAGUUGAUUAUUAGCCUUCAUGGGGUUGUGGGGAACAGAUGGGCUCACAUAGCCAGUCACCUACCCGGUAGAACAGACAAUGAGAUAAAAAACUACUGGAACUCAUGGAUCAAGAAGAAGAUAAGAAAACCGUCUUCCACACCUUCGACGACGGGCAUUACCGCAACACCGCCUAGUAGCACAGAUCAUCAUCCUCAAAUGUGUUACAACAUGACAAACCAACUAGACUUCCUAACACAAGAUUUGACCAAGCCUAAUACCGCGGUCCAAGACCACCAAGCUCUUUUCUCAUCUUCAUGGCCUCUAUUCAUGUUUGACACCGCAGCUAUUGAAGCGGCCACGGAUAGCACUACUACUACUACCACUACUACUACUAACACGUUGCGUGGAGAGCUCUUUCAAGACAUUCUAACAAUGGGAAAUUUGAGCUCCGACACGAUAACAUCGUCGUCGCCGUCGUCGUGGAAUCUGAACCAACACCAAGUCCAAGCACUGCCUCCUAAUUCACUGGUGGUGCCACCAUUUUCAAGUGCUACUAUGAACAUUAGCUACUUGCCUCCUUUGAUAGAGAACAUGGACAACAUGGUUCACGUCGAAGAAGGCGAUCAAAUCGCUUUGGAUUGCUUGCAGAGACAGGAAUUGAUGAACGAGUGGGUUGAAUCCCAACAAGCGCAAUGCUCAAACAAUUUUCUUUUCUGGGAAAAUGUCGUGGUCGAAUCGGGGUCGCUUGGCGUGGGAGAAAGUAACAUUAAUAUUAACGCACCAACAUCUUCGUCCAAUUUGGGAGUGUCUUCUUUUCCUAAUUCGUCUCUAUAA